UUCGAUCACUUCACAUUGAAAUGGAUUUCUUCAGAUCCAUCUUAGCAGAUGAUGCGGACCCAAAUGACUACGACGAAUCCGAUACCGAUCCUCCCUCAAAUCAAUCCCCAAAUCAUCCAGAAAGCGAAGGAGAUGAAGACGAUGAUUCCACUUCCAAUAUUAAUUCAUCGGAAGACGGCAGCGGCAGCGGCAUCGGCGGCGGUUUAUGGAGCUUCGGGGAUCUGGUGAAGACAUUUACCACCAAAUCCGAAUCAGUCUUCGAAACCUACCGUCGCGAUCUAAAGGAAUUCGGAACCGGUUUGAGGAAAGAAUCCGAUUUGUUUCGCGAAGUCGCGAGUCGCGCCGUGAAGGAGCUGCCGUCGUCUAUCGAGGUCGGAACCUCCGCGAUCGACGGAGUACUGAAAUCGACGGCGGAAUUCAUCGUGCAAGGUAAGGACUCGCUUCUCGCAUCUUCCUCUGGAAUUGAUGAUUCCGAUGCUUCUGAAAGACAUGGUUCUAGUGAUCGUAGUGGUUUGAAUUUGAAUUCGAGGAGGUACAGUCGAUUUGAUGCUCAAUUGAAUGCGAUUCAGACAGAUACGCGAACUUACUGUGAAGAUCCUGAGGAUAUAGAUGAUUAUAAUAAGUGGAAAUUAGGGUUUGUGAUGGGUGAUAACAAGGAUGAGAUUGAGAAAUUAGUUGGUGACAAUGGAGUUUUGGCGGGAAUCUAUUCAAAACUUGUUCCAAUUGAGGUUGAUGAUGCAACAUUUUGGUAUAGGUAUUUCUAUAAGGUUCAUAAAUUUAAAAUGCAAGAGGAUUUAAGAGCUAGGCUUGUCAAGAGAUCAUUAUCACAAGAUAUUGAAGAAGAAUUGAGUUGGGAUAUUGAUGAUGAUGAUGAUAACAAUAACAAUAACAAUAACAAAGAACAACAAGAAACAUCUGAUCAAUUAAGAUCAAAUACCACAAAAAGCCAAGAUUUGGAGAAUGUUGAAAAGCAAGUGAACCCGGAUGAUGAAUCCAAAACUCGAAGUUCUAAGAUUGUUAUUGAGGAUAAGGMGAUGGAUACUAAUAUGGGUGGUGUUGAUAAGAACGAUGUAGAGGAACCAAAACCUGAUGGUGGAAAUGGGUGUUUGGAGAAAGUUGAAUCGGAAAAGGUUUAUUUGAAAGCGGAUGAGGAUGAAGAUUUGGAGUGGGAUGAGAUUGAAGAUGUUGGGAAUAACGAUGAGGAGAACGUCACUGAGGGUGACACUCAAAAGAAAGGUGACCUGCGAAAGCGGUUGAGUACCUUUGCUGAUGAUGAUGAGGAUUUAAGCUGGGAUAUUGAUGAUGAGGAUGMUGAGCUUGUAAAGUCGGGUAAUAAGUGACAGAUAACAAAAUUUGAUUCACCGAAGGUGUUUUGCGUUGUGUUGUACGUGUACGUGCACUUGUUGUAAUUGUUUCUAUUUUUCCUGUUGCUUUAGAAAACAGGCAAAGGCAUUCUAAUGUGAAUUGCAAUCAAUUCUUGUUCAUAAUAAUAAURAUAUCUUCCUU